GCAGUAGAGACACAGAGAGAGAGAGAGAGAGAGAGAGAGAGAGGCUGUAACUUGAGUGGGAAUGGGAGUGAAAAAGCGCUGUGGUUCGCUGCUCUUCCUCACGCCGCCAUCACUCUCUGCUUAACGCGCAGCUAAAAGCGGCGAAGAUGCUGCAGAUGUUCCAGCUGCUGGCUUCAGCCAUGCUUUUAUUUCCCGUUUAUAACGCGGUGUACAUGGGCCCUCUGCAGCCUGAGAUAUCAAACGGCACCUUUCACCACUUCUUCGUUCCAGACGGCGACUACGAGGACACCGAGGACCCGGAGAAAUGCCAGAUGCUGUUUAAGUGGCUGGACCCGUCACCGUGUUUGGCUGAAGAGGACCGGGACUCGGUUAUCCGCGACGACUUCAUGACCAUCAAGCAACAAGUCGAGGACUCGGCGCGAGUUCUGGAGAGUCUCGGGAGAAGUAUCUCCUACGAUCUGGACGGAGAGGACACGUACAGCAAGUACCUGAGGAAAGAGAUCGAUCAGAUCACUGAGGCUUUUUCCAGCGUUGAGAAAUCGCUCAUCGAGCUCGAGGUGAAAUUCAAGCAAGGUCAGGAGUCGGAGCAGAGAGAGGAGCAGGAGUUCACUAAAACACUGAUGAAGCCCAUGCAGAGUGUGAGGAGCUCCCUGCAGGAGACAGUGGACAUCUCAUCUGGCCUCAAGGACAAACACGAGCUCAUCUCUCUCAUCAUCCGUAGCCAUGGCACCAGGUUAAACCGACUUAAAAACGAGUACUUGAACAUUUAGUGGUCUAAGAAACCUUUCUUUCUGGUUAUUUAAGCUGCUUUAGACUCUAAAUGGUUUGAAGUAUUAGUGCAUCCUUCUUAAAACCUUAACUCACAUACUGUAGGUGCAUUGAAAGAUAUAGGCUGGAAGGACAUUUCUGAAGACACCUCAGGAAAACAAUGCAUCUGAACAUUGUAAAUAAUUUACUAUGUAAAAAGCAUCAUGAACUGUUUAUACUAAAUUCCACUAUGGCACACUGA